UGUCUCCUGUUGCUGUGGUCUGAAAGCCUACAACCCACUCAAUGAAAUAUGCUGUCAGUCAACCGUCAAAGACAAGCCUACAGCAAACGCACAGUGUUGUGGUGAAGAUGCUUUUGAUAAAGAUACACAGUUGUGUUGUGGUCUCGGUGAUAAUCAGAAGAUCCUGUUGAGAAUUUCCGAUCGCCACCAGUGCUGCGGACAUGGCCAGUUUGACCGUGUGACUCAGCACUGCUGCCUGAAGGAUGGCUCUUUAGUGAUACAUUCCAUUAACUCCAGCAAUUGUAGAGAGGAGUCAGUGUCAGCUCUCUGUGGACAGAAGACGUAUGACGAACGCAACGAACUGUGCUGUGAAUCAACUCUAGUAGCCAAACCAACACCAGCUUCCAAAUGCUGCGGUAAUGAGACAUAUGAUGAAGACAACCAGUUGUGUUGUGGUCUUAAUGAAAAGAAGCGCCUGAAGAGAAUGUCCAGUAACCACGAGUGUUGUGGACAGAAGGGCCAGUACGACAAAAUGACUCAGCGCUGCUGUUUGGUGGAUGACGCUUUAAAGAUACGACCUAUUAAUUCCACAUGCUCUGAGGAAUUGUCGAUGUCAGCUCUCUGUGGACAGAAGACGUAUGACGAACGCAACGAACUGUGCUGUGAAUCAACUCUAGUAGCCAAACCAACACCAGCUUCCAAAUGCUGCGGUAAUGAGACAUAUGAUGAAGACAACCAGUUGUGUUGUGGUCUUAAUGAAAAGAAGCGCCUGAAGAGAAUGUCCAGUAACCACGAGUGUUGUGGACAGAAGGGCCAGUACGACAAAAUGACUCAGCGCUGCUGUUUGGUGGAUAACGCUUUAAAGAUACGACCUAUUAAUUCCACAUGCUCUGAGGAAUUGUCGAUGUCAGCUCUCUGUGGACAGAAGACGUAUGACGAACGCAACGAACUGUGCUGUGAAUCAACUCUAGUCGCCAAACCAACACCAGCUUCCAAAUGCUGCGGUAAUGAGACAUAUGAUGAAGACAACCAGUUGUGUUGUGGUCUUAAUGAAAAGAAGCGCCUGAAGAGAAUGUCCAGUAACCACGAGUGUUGUGGACAGAAGGGCCAGUACGACAAAAUGACUCAGCGCUGCUGUUUGGUGGAUAACGCUUUAAAGAUACGACCUAUUAAUUCCACAUGCUCUGAGGAAUUGUCGAGUCAGGGUAAUAUUGACCCCACUGUGAACAACCCAUGUUCACAUGUCUGCUGUGCUGGCUGUAUAUCUGAGCGGAAGUCUUUGGAUCAGGGCUGCGGAGCGACGCAGAACAGCUUGGCACAGCACAAAGUCCUCUGUUUUGAUCUGGAAACAGAUAGAAAGGAUGGAGAGGAGUGUUCAGACAUCGAUGUUCCUUACCUCCAAUCUAAAGGGACUAUAUGUUGUAACAAGUUUCAUGACUCACCAGGACAACACUGCUGUGGGACAGAACUCUACAAUCCUCAUAGAGAGAUCUGCUGCAAUGGACACAGACAUUCCAAAGAAGAAAACAAGCGCUGCUGUGGGGUUCAAGCCUACGACAUUAAGAACAAACAGAAGAAGUGCUGCGCAGGGACACUGUACCACCUGUCAUCUAAAAUUUCGGCACAUGAAGCACAAUGCUGCGGAUCCAGCUUGCAGAAAUCAUUGGACAUUUGCUGCUCAAAUGAACACAAGGAGGUGCUCUACCUUGCCAAGACGGGAUUCAGAUGCUGUGGUCACCUCUACUACAACACGUCUCUGUGGUCAUGUUGUGCAGGGAAACUGAGCCCGGUCCACAAACCAGGACAACGUCAUGGCAGGUCGAUUAAAGAACCCAGACUUGUAUCGAUGAGCAACCUGAAUGAAGAAGAUCUCUGCAAAGAAAUGUUUAUCGGGACUGUGGACAGUGUGUCUCUGCACAGCAUCGUGUUCAGCAGUGUGUUCAAAAUCUUUGGAAGAAAUGCCACUGUGAUACAUCUGCCCUCAACUCACGUCCUGAGAGCACCCGAUCACUGCAACUCCCCAAAACUGAUCCUUGGGAAAACCUGCUUUUUUGAUCAAGUUCAUGUCUUCACUGAUUUCACCCAUGACUCUCUUCACCAGUCCCUCCAUUUUAUUAUUUCCAAAUGUUAUCGUCCUUAAACCACCUCUGGUUAACCUCUUUUAGCAGACAUUGUCAGUGUCAGGCGGUUAACUUGAAAAGCUUUCAAGUAUCUUUUUACUAAAUGCAAGUACAUACACUACCUUACUAAGCAGUUUGAAGUUAAACUACUCAAUACAUUACCUAUUGACGCUUCCUUUCAUAGUGCCGUUUCACAACUCCAUAGCUAUGGGUCAGCCUUUUAGGGCAUUAUUCAUAGUUAUUGAAACAUAUGACGUUAUUUAGAAGUAUGAAAGUACAGCACUGAUGAUGAUGAUUUGGAUGACUGAGUAGAGCUCAGUAUUACAGUCAGGAGAUUUGGUUUAAGGUCUCAGAACGAGUCACAGUUGAAUUACCUUUGGAAACAUUGUUCGGGGGACCGGUGGAAACCAAGAUGAAGAGGGAGCUGAAAACAUUGCCCUAAAGGGAAGAAGAUAAAAUGUAGCCUAACACCAUUCAAUAAACUAAAAACAUGACAUUACUGGAUAUAUCACUAGCUAAAGAGAAUCUUUAUCGAAUGUUAGAAACAAAAAAAUAUUGUGAGUCAGAACACAUUGCAGUUACUGUCAGUGCAUUGGGUAUAAGUUAUUGUGCCUUCAUAUGGAAAUUUACCAAUUGAUUCUAUCUUGUGUGGCAUUUUACCAAACAAAUUUGCAAUGAAAUGACCAAAAAAUAAUUUAGAAAAACAGCCAAGACUUCAAGUAAGCAAACUUUCCAAAAUGUAGAAGUCGAGCAGUAUUACUGGAAUUAUUUACUGCAAUAUUUGUAAUAACAAUUCUUGUUGCGAAAAGUGUAAAUGCUACUGUAAGUGUCUUACAAGGUGAAUGGAGAUUUAAUGAUCUGUACUCUUUUAAGUAUAUGCUUCGAUUCAUUUCCAAAAAAUGGACAUAAACUACAAGGAGCUGUUGUUUUUGCAAAAUACCUUAGACUACAUGUAGCUGAUUUAUUUUCUGUCAUGAAAGAAUAUUUAUUUUCAUUUCUACAUAAGCUUGACAUCUAAAAGCUAAUACAUUUGGUGUUUUGAAAUAAUAUGCUGACCUUAAAAACUUUAGGAUUAAAUGUAUUUAUUCUCACACUCAAGUUAGAGGUGGCAAGUGUUUGCACAAGCCUUUGCACUAUUACAAACAUGAUUUGUAUCAGGGCUACAGAUAUGCUAUAAUGACCUAACAGUCACCCAAAGGUUCAACUGUGCCUUGAAAAUAUGAAUGUGUUUUCUGUAAUGUGUUACACUGUUUUGGAAACAGAGUCUAUUUUGACAUUUAUCAGUACUGAACAUUCUUCUGUAAACUUUAAUUGUACUAUUCGAAUUAAGGAAUAUUUUAUUUCCCACACUAUACUUUCUGUUUAAACUGCAUGUUUAUAUUGAUUGAUUUAUCGCAUGUGUCUUAAAAAUAACAGGAUUUGGUGGGUGCCUGACUCUUUUGUGUUUUUCUACUUAAUAAAAACAGUUAUGACAGCUUA